GUGUGAUUGGAUAAAACUUGAUCUGCACACUUUUCAUUUCCAAGUUAUUGAAAUUGCUGGGCGACAAGGUGUGAGCGAUGCAUGCUGGCGCUGAGAGCGCCGAUCACUUGGACAGCCUCGCGUCUGCCACAGGACUCAUGCAGCUUAGCUCGGCGGUGAUUGCAUCUGACGCUGCGGACUCCAGCAACAACAGUGGCGGCGUCAACAGCAGAUCAAAUUGCAAUAGCAAUGAUAAUUCCUCAUUUGCAGACGCUUCGUUGCCUCCGGGUUGGCAACGAAUCAUUCACGUAUCGGGUCUACCCUGCUACGUUCACGGUGGCUUGGGAGUCGUUUGCUGGACGCGGCCGUAUCCAUUGGAUGUUGGCAGUGACGGCGCACUGUCGCAGCCGGAGUUGCAUCGCCUCGUGAAGCAGCACGUGCCGCCUCUGAGCAUUUUCACGUCUGGAUCGAACGUCGCUGCACGGAGACGAAAAGAAAGUUUGGGCGCAGCAGAUGCGGCAACUCCUGCAACAGCGUUGUAUUCUCACGAACCCAGUAGCUUGGAGCAGAUUCAGACGAAGAAGCGCAAAUUGGAUCCAGUGGCCACGGAACAGAAGGGAAAUGUUAUUAAGCAGCAGUCGAUGACUCUGGAAGAGUUCAAGACACUGCCCAUUGGCGAUCCCCGUGUUCUCCAGGCAUGCAUGGAGCUAUCGAUCAAGACGCCAGCCCAAGUUCUUCAAGAAUACCAGAACCGGAACCGUGGUGUUUCAAUUAAUUACAACACGAUGCCCGUGGAGGGAGAUGGCGUGAAGCUCUUUAAAACAAUUGUGACUGCCGGCAGCACAGUUGCAGAGGGCGUCGCCUCAACGAAGAAAAUUGCCAAACAGUUAGGAGCGCAGCAAUUACUAGCGAUGCUGCACGAGCGCACAGCUCGAAAAUACUACGAAGUAGCGGAAAUGUACAACAGCUCUAUGAAGGGCCAGCCAGUUACCGCCGAGUCAUCCUCCUACAGACCUGCAACCGCGCAGCGCAACGAUGGAAGGGGUGGACGUGGUGGUAGUAUGGAUCCUCGGCAGCAGCGUAGUGGGAAUGGCUCGAAUCGGAUGCGACGGUCUCGUCGAUCGCCUCCUACUCAGGACUAUGAAGCUGGAUACCGCGACUAUGAAGGUGAUCAACGAAUGAAUGCGCCACCUCAUUGGGGUGGAUACAACCAGCAGUCUAUGCAGCAUGCAGUACCAUGGGCUGGUGGAGGUCCGCCGGGUGAGAUGGGUUUGGACAAUAUUGGACCUGAGCGUGUGGUAGUUUAUUCUCAAACCCCGGCCGGAAAUGUGGGCAAUUAUGGUGUCGGGCAAUACUACAACAACGCUGGAAAUGUGUGGGGCGGCUAUCCGAAUCUCAACCACGCACCGCAUCCGAAUUUGCCUGGAACAUAUUCUCAGCAGCAGUAUAACGCCGCCUAUGGCGAAACUCAGGCGCCUGGUAACAGGCCGUAUGGUUAUGGCAAUUAUCCCUCGCGAUCGUCGGAACGCCCGAACACCUCAACGCCCAUCGAAAGAGUCACGGUGCGUCGUCCAGAUCCUGGAGCUUGAGUACAUCUCUAGUUCAUUCAAAAUAGGCAUUAGCUUGCUGACUUGGGCGAACUCUGUUAAUACUGCAGGCUAAUUUACGGAACCAAAUGUCAAACCAGUGAUCGAAGAGAGAGAAACACACGGCUUAGGUAAAACGAAGGACGGGAGUGAUGAAGCACUCGAGGUGCACUUAACCAUACCAGUAGUUUUGUUAGCGCCUAAAACUUCGCUCAUCAUGUGUUCUUUAUAAAUUGCCACGAUAUUUAUGCCGUCCGGGCUCUUACUUCGCUAUCAUCAGA